AUGGGGGAAACAACGUUGGUGUGUGCCGGCACCGAGAACAAGCUGAGCUCCCUCUCUGACCUGGAGCAGCAGUAUCGGGCCCUGCGCAAGUACUAUGAGAACUGCGAGGUAGUUAUGGGCAACCUGGAAAUCACCAGCAUUGAGCACAACCGAGACCUCUCCUUCCUGCGGUCUAUCCGAGAAGUCACAGGCUAUGUUUUGGUGGCUUUGAAUCAGUUUGAAUACCUGCCAUUGGAGAACCUGCGCAUCGUUCGUGGGACCAAACUCUAUGAAGAGCGAUAUGCUUUGGCGAUAUUUCUUAACUACAGAAAGGAUGGUAACUUUGGACUCAGGGAACUUGGCUUGAAGAACUUGACAGAAAUACUGAAUGGAGGGGUGUAUGUUGGCCAGAACAAAUUUCUUUGCUUCGCAGACACCAUUCAUUGGCAGGAUAUCGUGCGUAACCCCUGGGCCUCCAACUUCACUUUGGUUCCAACAAAUGGCAGCUCAGGAUGUGGUCGAUGCCACAAGUCCUGCACCGGCCGAUGCUGGGGACCCACAGAGAACCACUGCCAGACCUUAACGAAGACAGUGUGUGCAGAGCAGUGUGACGGACGGUGCUAUGGGCCUUACGUCAGCGACUGCUGCCACCGGGAAUGUGCUGGAGGCUGUUCCGGACCUAAAGACACUGAUUGCUUUGCCUGUAUGAAUUUCAAUGAUAGUGGUGCAUGUGUCACGCAGUGCCCCCAGACUUUUGUAUACAAUCCUACCACCUUCCAACUGGAGCAUAAUCACAAUGCCAAGUACACCUAUGGGGCUUUUUGCGUCAAAAAGUGCCCACACAACUUUGUGGUAGAUUCCAGCUCUUGUGUCCGCGCAUGUCCAAGCUCCAAGAUGGAGGUUGAAGAAAAUGGUAUUAAGAUGUGCAAGCCCUGCACUGACAUUUGUCCUAAAGCAUGUGAUGGCAUUGGAACAGGGAGUUUAGUGUCAGCUCAGACGGUGGAUUCCAGCAACAUUGACAAGUUCGUAAACUGUACCAAGAUCAAUGGCAACCUUAUCUUCCUUGUUACUGGGAUUCAUGGGGACCCGUAUCACACAAUUGCCGCAAUCAAUCCAGAGAAAUUAAAUAUCUUCCAAACAGUGAGAGAGAUAACAGGGUAUUUGAACAUACAGUCAUGGCCUGAGAAUAUGACAGAUUUCAGGGUGUUUUCUAACUUGGUUACUAUCGGUGGAAGAGCUCUCUAUAGUGGCCUUUCCUUACUCAUCCUAAAGCAACAAGGCAUUACCUCUCUGCAGUUUCAGUCCUUGAAGCAAAUCAGUGCUGGCAACAUCUACAUAACAGACAACAGCAACUUGUGCUACUACCACACUGUCAACUGGACCAGCCUCUUCAGCACACCCAGUCAAAAGACGGUGAUUCAUCGAAAUAAAAAGGCAGAGAACUGCACUGCCGAUGGAAUGGUGUGUAAUGAGUUAUGCUCAAGUGACGGCUGUUGGGGGCCAGGGCCAGACCAGUGUCUCUCCUGCAAGCGCUUCAUCAGGGGAAGGACCUGCAUAGACUCUUGUAACCUGUAUGAUGGGGAAUUUCGAGAAUUUGCAAAUGGUUCUGUCUGUGUGGAAUGUGAUCCCCAGUGUGAAAAGAUGGAAGAAAACAUGAUCACGUGCUAUGGGCCGGGACCUGACCACUGCACAAAGUGUUUCCAUUUUAAGGAUGGUCCAAAUUGUGUGGAAAAAUGUCCUGAUGGCUUACAGGGGGCCAACAGCUUCAUUUUCAAAUACGCUGAUGAGGAUCGUGAGUGCCAUCCAUGUCAUCCAAACUGCACCCAAGGGUGCAUAGGGCCACGUAUUGAGGACUGCAUCGGCCUGAUGGAUAGGUGUAGAGGUCCCGCUAGUCAUGACUGCAUUUACUAUCCAUGGACACGACAGUCCACUUUACCACAACAUGCUAGAACCCCUCUGAUUGCUGCGGGAGUUAUUGGUGGCCUCUUCAUCAUCGUCAUUGUGGCCCUGACAUUUGCCGUGUAUGUUCGGCGCAAAAGCAUUAAAAAGAAGAGAGCAUUGCGAAGAUUCCUGGAGACCGAGCUUGUGGAACCCUUGACUCCAAGCGGCACAGCUCCCAACCAAGCACAGCUUCGUAUCCUGAAGGAAACUGAGCUGAAACGAGUCAAGGUUCUUGGCUCUGGAGCCUUUGGAACUGUAUACAAGGGUAUUUGGGUCCCCGAGGGAGAAACUGUAAAGAUUCCUGUGGCCAUUAAGAUCCUUAAUGAGACCACUGGUCCGAAAGCCAAUGUGGAGUUCAUGGAUGAAGCUCUUAUCAUGGCCAGCAUGGACCACCCGCACCUGGUGAGACUCCUGGGUGUCUGCUUGAGCCCAACCAUUCAACUAGUCACUCAGCUGAUGCCUCAUGGCUGCCUGUUGGAUUACGUUCAUGAACAUAAGGAUAAUAUUGGCUCCCAGCUUCUGCUAAACUGGUGUGUCCAAAUAGCUAAGGGAAUGAUGUACUUGGAAGAGAGGAGACUUGUCCACCGGGACUUGGCAGCCCGUAACGUCUUGGUGAAAUCACCAAACCAUGUGAAGAUCACUGACUUUGGCUUGGCCAGACUUUUGGAAGGGGAUGAGAAGGAGUAUAAUGCUGAUGGAGGGAAGAUGCCAAUUAAGUGGAUGGCUCUGGAGUGCAUACACUACAGGAAAUUUACCCAUCAGAGUGAUGUCUGGAGCUACGGAGUCACUAUCUGGGAGCUUAUGACCUUUGGUGGGAAGCCAUACGACGGAAUCCCAACUCGAGAGAUCCCUGACCUCUUGGAGAAGGGAGAGCGGUUGCCACAACCUCCAAUCUGCACUAUUGAUGUUUAUAUGGUGAUGGUGAAGUGCUGGAUGAUUGAUGCUGACAGUCGGCCAAAAUUCAAGGAGCUGGCUGCUGAAUUCUCUAGAAUGGCUCGAGAUCCUCAGAGAUACCUAGUAAUUCAGGGAGAUGAUCGUAUGAAGCUCCCAAGCCCAAAUGACAGCAAGUUCUUCCAAAACCUUCUCGAUGAGGAAGACCUGGAGGAUAUGAUGGAUGCUGAAGAGUAUCUUGUUCCUCAAGCCUUCAACAUCCCUCCUCCCAUCUACACCUCCAGGACAAGAAUUGAUUCCAACAGGGUCAUGAUGUCGAAAUUUCCUUGCACACCCUUGCUGACAAGCAAAAUGAACCAGUUUGUGUAUAGAGAUGGUGGCUAUGCUGCAGAAGUGCCGAUGCCGUACAGAGCUCCUGGCUGCAUAAUACCAGAAGCCCCAGUUGCUCAAGGGGCCACAGCAGAGAUCUUUGAAGAUACUUGCUGUAAUGGCACACUACGAAAACAAGUGGCAACCCUAGCAAAAGAGGACAGCAGCACCCAGAGGUACAGCGCGGAUCCCACCGUCUUCAUACCCGAGCGGGUUGUCCGGGGAGAGCUGGAUGAGGACGGGUACAUGACGCCGAUGCGAGACAAACCUAAAACAGAUUACCUAAACCCAGUGGAAGAGAACCCAUUUGUUUCCCGACGGAAGAAUGGAGACCUUCAAGCUGUGGACAACCCAGAGUAUCACAACGCUCCGAACGGGCAGCCCAAAGCAGAGGAUGAGUACGUGAAUGAGCCAUUGUACCUCAACACUUUUGCAAACACCUUGGAAAAUGCUGAGUACCUGAAGAGCAAUUUGCCGGAGAAAGCCAAGAAGGCCUUUGACAACCCAGACUACUGGAAUCACAGCCUGCCCCCACGAAGCACCCUCCAGCACCCGGACUACCUGCAAGAGUACAGCACAAAAUACUUUUACAAACAGAAUGGACGGAUCCGGCCCAUUGUGGCAGAGAAUCCUGAAUACCUCUCUGAGUUCUCCCUGAAGCCUGGCACUGUGCUGCCCCCGCCGCCCUACAGACACCGAAAUACGGUGGUGUAG